GAAAAAACCCAUUUUCCUGGAAAUCAACCCUAGCAGCUCGUUGCUAGAUAUCACUUAUUCCUCAAAAAUCACAGCCUUUGUGCGUUACGUAGUACUGAUCGAUCACUUUGUUUCAAUUCCAGCUAACCCUAUCGAUCGGCCUCCUACCUCCUUUAAUUCUUCCCUCAUCGAUUCAGCAGCUAGUCGAUCAUCCAUGAACUCUUUGUCCAUUUCGUCAAUUUUCUCACUCCUUUUCCUUCUGGUUUCCAUCAUGUUUUGUUUCCGUAAGCAGUUUUACAAGCUAAAUCGUUUGUCCAUCGUUUGGAAAAAUGUCGUCUUGGUUGCUUCACGUCUUACAAAGUUGCUCGAUCUCUUGCUUUAUCAUUCCUUCUCCAAGGGGUGGUACGACCAUGAUCACCAUCAUGACAUGCCACAAUAUAGCAGCUGCGACCAAGAACCUCGACCAACAAACGGUGUUUACGAGUGGAAGCCGGCCGCCGGGUCUGAUGAAGAAGAUCAAGUAGAAUGUGCGGUGUGUCUGUCCAAGAUUGAGGAAGGCGAAGAGAUUAGAGAGUUGAGAUGUGACCAUAUUUUUCAUAGAAUUUGCUUAGACAGAUGGCUUGGAUACAAUCGCGUAACCUGUCCUCUUUGUCGUGAUUCGCUGUUCAUGCGUAGGAAUGUCACCGAACUUGGAGUGGAAUUGCUGCAUUUCAAAUAUUGUUGUCUCAACUCCGGUGACCGGCGCCAAACAUGGUGGCUGCGCUGAAUCUAUCUAUCUAUCUAUAUACAUAUAUAUCUAUCUAUCUAUAUACAUAUAUAUAUAUAUAUAUAUAUGAGAACAUAUGUAGCAAAAAAACUA